GAAACAAACACUGGAUGACAUUUAGACGUCUGUUUUCAGGCUAGUUGUUAUUACAACUACAAAAAGGCCUGAUGAGGCUUGUUAGCUUAAACAGUAGAGUUAGCAUUAAUUUUUUUGAACAUUUUUAGUAAAAGUCGUUAGGGAAACAACCUCAGUUUGUAAAUAAAUUAUCAACAAAUUUCUGUUGUCAGACAGACAGGUUUUGGGGUAAAAGUGUUGAAAGAAUUUAAGUUUUGCAAUAAGUGAGGGUAUGACCGGAGAGAAUCGAUCACUUUGGAGAAAUGACUCUCCCGCAAUGGCAGCAGUAUCGUGGUGGUGGUGAGCUCAGCAGCAGAGAGGGAGAGAGAGAGGGAGAGAGAGAGCAGACCUGCUGCUGCUGCUGCUGCUGCAGUUGUGUGAGGGCGCCGCUGGGUGAGUCCCUCUCUCCGCUGCCUCUGUCUCCACAGCUCCUUUUUCCCAAAGAAAAGAAGAGGAGAACUAGGUCCGGGGAGGAGGGCCGCCGCCAUUAUCGGAAAGCUGGCAGAAUAACCACUUCCACACACGCAAUCUGCUCCUAAAUUGAUCAGGACAUGAACAAUUUCUGUUGCAGUAGAAGCAUAUUUGAGACGAAACACCACGGCGAUUGCAACAAACUCACCGUUGUCUCGUGUGCGCCACCGGCCCAGCAUUAUGUGGGCACAACAAUGGACAGAAUAAUUAUUGAAAAAGCAACGUGGUGAACCGAGAAGAAGACGGCAAAGCAGAUUUAAAACGCCUGAAUUUCACAUGAAGACAGACUCUCUUAAGAACAAAAACCGGAUUGUUGUGUCAUUCGGGAUAUUUAUUUUCUCAAACCGCGUGUUUAAUUGCGAAGAAGAACAGUGAUGCCGAACAAGUGAAACCAGGCAUGGGAGACGGAUAUUUAAAAUAAUUUACCUCACCGCACAUGUUGUUGUUUUAUCAGUAUUAUCAGUGAAUUGGGACGACUGUGAUCUGCGGCUGUAUGCUAUUGCACAUCAGAAGGCGAGGGCUGCGGCAAGAGCUGGCCUGACAGAUGCAAGAGGAGAAAGGGAGAAAUGCGAUGGUAUGUACCCUGUAUGCUCUAUCCUGGUCUUUAUGAGCUAUUACCUCGAGUGCUACACCCUAGACAGCUGAGUAAAUAAAAUCCGUCUAAACAUUCUUUGUCGGCGUGGAGGAGGAGGUAGGCUAUCCAAGAUUUCGGCUCUGCGAUUUCAUUAUGUAGACAGCAGGCCUGGCGUGGUCAGCCCCUCUCGGUGUGCACCCUAAAGCCCAUGGUAACUGUUAAUCCUUUGCAAAACAUAUAAGGUUGCAAAAUCUUAUCUAGGUAAGUAGGUUAUGUGAAUGAAAGAGCACGAAGGUACGCUUCAGUAGACUGUGUUUCCAUGAAGCUGGGUUAGAUGAUUUUGUUGUUUUUAUUUGCGGUGAACUUGUCUGUGUAUUUUGGUAUCAGGCCUAGCUCAGCUGAGCGGUGGAGACUGCUGCUGCCCAUGGUUGCUUUUGACCCUGCUGGAGCUGUUUUGUUUCUCAUUUGAGAUCACUUCAUGUAUGCGACACAGCAUUUAGCGUCAAUGUGAGCCUCCUCUUGGGUUUGUGAUCAGUGACUCAUAUUACACACAGGUGAAAUCCUGCAUUUGGUUAAAAAAAAGAAAGUCCCCUUCCUGAAAUUAUAAGCAGUUAUAUCAGAUUUGCACCAGUGGAAUGAUAAUUAAUCCCUUAAGAUUUGAAGAAUAGUUGUCUGAAGAGGUGACUAAGUUCAGUGUCCCUUGGCAUGCCAUGUGGAUGUGCCAGACUCUGUUAAUAAGUCUUGUAUUCAGUCACUGAUUUAUCUUUGGAGAUCAGGCUGAUAGCUCCUGUUUCAGUGAGGUAUGAAAACUGAGGUGUCCAUAACAAAGUCAUUUUCAUGCUUGUCACCUAACUCACUGAUCAGCUGACGUGGCCAUUUAAAAGCAGCACUUCUAAUAUAUUUUGUAGGUUAAUGUAGUCUUGGUCUAAUAUUAGAGAGUGGUAUCUAGCUAGACCAGCAUUGAUUUGGGUUGUUAAAUAAAUAUGUUUUUGAGCAACCCUUUAAAAAGGAUUAUUUCAAGUGAAGUACCAUUUUGAAGAAAAAAUGCAAGAAGGAAGUUAAGUUUGUAACAUCAGAAUUUCAGCUUUCUGUCUUUGCAUUCAGAUUCGAGUAAAAAAAGAAUCUUUGGUUUUUGCACUGUUAGCAUAAAAGUUAUGUUAUGUCACUUUCUGCUAGGUUUUAUUGUAAUGAGCUAUCCUAUUUACACUUAAUCAAAUUAUUUGAUUAGUAAUUUGACCGUGGAUAGCAGGUGCAGCCUUUAGACGAAAUUAACAUUUUCUCGACUAUUUGAUCGAUUAUAUUGGAAUUAAUCAAUGUGUCCCAAUGAGAAAUCAUAUUCAGUUUACUUUCAGUGUGACUUUUACAUCUGAAGUCAACGACCACUGUCAAAAGAUUGUGGCUAGUUGGAAAAACUUAAUUCUGAAUCCCUGUCUUCAUUAUGCAUUACCUGGUGCCUAUUUAUGACAUCAGAGACUCCUACUGUUAAUAAAAGCUUGUUGUGUUCAAUCAAAGCAUAAAAAAGUCGUUUAAUUUUAUGCUGACCAGUAAUCAGACUUCAUUAAAUAAAUAGCAACAGAAAAUAGUCAAAUAGAAACAGAAAAUUGAAAGAAUAUGACUCUUUUAGUGUCUCAUGCUGUUAUUAUGACAAAUCUACUAAAUAAUAAGAAAAACAGAGAUAUAAAAUGGUCAUAUGCAAGCUGGCAGACAUGCAAAGUAAGUGUUGCUUUUUUUGUCAUCAAAAAUACUGCCAGUGUUUUUCAUUGUCAAAUAAAAUGUUAAUAAAAAUGUUAUGGAGUAUUUUGAUAGUCUGAUAUCUGAUAUUUGUUUUCAACCCUGUUUUUUACCCUCUUAUGUGAUUUAAAAAUGUAAUUUGCACUUUUGAUUGUCUGAUUUCUUUGUUUCGUUUGCUUUCUUUGACAGGGUCUGACUUUUACAAGGAAUGAAUGAAGGAACUCUCCUCAUAUAACUGCACUGCUAUUUAGAAGAAGGUGAAAGCUGAUCUCCUCUGUUAAUCAGCAGCUUUAUGGACAAACAUUCAAGUGAACUCCUUUACACAGUGCCUGUUUAUGGCAGGAUGAGCUUCAGCAGGCUAUGAUGGCAAAAAAGCAAGAUGCCCGAUCACCCAUUUACAACCUUGUUGUGGUGGGCUUGUCAGGAACUGAGAAAGAGAAGGGGCAAUGUGGGGUUGGAAAGUCCUGCUUGUGUAAUAGAUAUGUGCGGCCCAGUGCUGACGACUUCUACUUGGACCACACAUCAGUGUUGAGCACCAGUGACUUUGGGGGUCGAGUGGUUAAUAAUGACCACUUUUUGUUUUGGGGGGAGGUGUCACGGGUUCUUGAGGAGGGGCCUGAGUGCAGGAUGCAUGUUGUGGAGCAAACUGAAUUUAUCGAUGACCAGACUUUUCAGCCACAUCGUAGCACUGCUAUGCAGCCCUAUAUCAAACGUGCAGCUGGAACCAAGCUGGCUUCAGCAGAGAAGCUCAUGUACUUCUGUACCGAUCAGCUGGGCCUGGAGCAAGACUUUGAGCAGAAACAAAUGCCAGAGGGAAAACUGCAGGUUGAUGGCUUCCUGCUUUGUGUUGAUGUCAGCCGUGGCAUGAACCGCAACUUUGAUGACCAGCUUAAGUUUGUCACAAACUUGUACGGUCAGCUUAGCAAGACUAAGAAGCCCAUUGUGCUGGUCCUCACCAAAUGUGAUGAAGGAGUUGAACGCUACAUUAAAGAUGCGCAUACAUUUGCUAUCACAAAAAAGAGUCUGCCAGUAGUUGAGACAUCUGCACGCUCAAAUAUAAAUGUGGACCUUGCCUUUCUCACUUUGGUUCAGCUUAUUGACAAGGGUCGCGGGAAGCCCAAGAUCAUUCCAUAUUUUGAAGCCUUGAAACUCCAGAGUCAGCAGAUAGCUUCUGCCAAGGAUCGCUAUGAAUGGCUAAUCAACCGCAUUGUAAAGAAUCACAAUGAAACAUGGAUAAACACCAGUCGACGCAUGAACACCUCCCCUGAGUAUAAAGAAUAUGUUUUCUUGGAGGGAACAGCUAAAUGCAAGAAGCUUUUUCAACAGCAUGUCUACCGUCUGAAACAGGAACACAUUGAGAGGCGACGCAAGAUAUACCUAAGCACUCUUCCUUUAGCACUUAGUUCUUUGGUGCCCGACCUGGAUGAGAUUGAUCAGCUGAGCUGGUCUGGGGUACAGAAGGUCCUGGAGUCCAAGCAGCACUUUGCCCAUUGGUUUGUUGUUCUGGAAGACUCACCAUGGGAGGAUACUUCUCACAUUGAUAACAUGGAAGAUGAAAGGAUCCCUUCAGACCUGCUGGAGACUGGUGAGGCAGAGGAUAUAUUCAAUGCGCACCUGGAACAUUUGCGUAAUGAGUGCAGGAGGGCAGAGAUGAGGCUGGAGUUCAAACAGAAGUUAGCCUCCUCUCCCUUUGUCACACCUGGUAAACCUUGGGAGGAGGCCCGCAGCUUCAUCAUGAAUGAAGAGUUUUACCAGUGGCUGGAAGAACCAGAGUACUUAGACCUGUACAACCGCCAUCAGAAGGAGAUCAUUGAUCGCGCUAAGGAAGACUUCCAGGAGCUCUUACUGGAGUACUCUGAGCUUUUUUAUGAGCUUGAAGUGGAUGCCAAGCCAAGCAAGGAGAAAAUGGGGGCGAUUCAGGAGGUAUUAGGCGAGGAGCAGCGGUUUAAAGCACUACAAAAGCUACCAGCUGAAAGAGAUGCUUUGGUGUUAAAGCAUAUCCACUUUGUCUAUCACCCCACCAAGGAGACCUGCCCCAGUAGUCCUCAUUGUGGAGACUCAAAGAUUGAACAAAUCUUAGCUUCACGGUUCCCCACUUGUUACCCCUUUUUUGAUUUGAAGGCUCAUUUUGGAGACAACAAGGCUGACAGGAUUAACCUUGUUAUAUUAGGGAAAGAUGGACUUGCCAGAGAAUUCGCCAAUGAGAUUAGGGCUCUCUGCACAAAUGAUGACUGGUAUGUGUUAGAUGGGAAGAUGUAUGAACUGACACUGCGGCCAAUUGAAGGAAAUGUUCGUCUUCCAGUCAAUUCUUUCCAUACCCCCACUUUCACCCCUCAUGGAUGUCUGUGUCUGUAUAACUCAAAGGAGUCCCUCUCCUAUGUGGUUGAAAGCCUUGAACGACUUCGGGAAUCAACUCUGGGGCGAAGGGAUAGCCAGCUAGCACAGCUGCCAACAUCACUGCUGUUGGUCACCAAAAGAGGUGUAGGAUCAUAUGUGGACAUAGGUGGAGAUACUGCCUUAAACCUUAUAACACAGGGACAACAAGUUGCAAGGAGACUGCAGUGUAGCUUUUUAGACCCAGCCUCCCCUGGUGUGGGCUAUGGCCAUAAUGUCAAUGAAACUCAAAUCAACCAGGUGCUGAGGGGCCUUCUGGAUAUUAGAAGGAGCACAUCUUUCAGUAGCAGCUCCCCACCCCUCCUCCCUGAGCCUCCAGGUCUCAGAGACUCCCCUCAUCAGCCAGCUCCGGAGGCAGACCUCCGCAUUGUCAUGUGCUUAAUGUGUGGAGACUCCUACGACAUUGAGCAGCUCUUGUCCCCUUUCUUGAUGCAUCAGCACUGCAGGCCUAUGUCCAACAGCGGCACCUCUGUACUGCUGGAGCAGACAAUUGGUGGACACAAGCUAGCUAUAGAGCUCUCCCUGCUCUCAUACCAUGCCUCCUUCACUUUGCGCAAGAGCAGGCUAGUGCACGGCUACAUCGCUGUGUACUCAGUAUCACGAAAAGCCUCCCUGGAGACCCUCUGUGCCUUCUUGUGCGAGGUUCAGGACAUCAUACCGGUCCAGCUGUUGGCAGUGGGAGACAGCCAGGCAGAGCUCACUGACAGCGACUACGCCUGUGAACAGCUAAUCCAAGGGGAGGAGCUUGCUCAUGAGAUUGAGGGUCGUUUCAAUAGUUUGGUUUGUGGAUCUGGGGGAGUGGUGGGAGGCCUUCACAGGAUAGAAAUGUUUCAUUCUUUUCUCAUGGAAGUGGUUGAGAAACGCAACAUUGUUGAAGCCACACACAUGUACGAUAAUGUAGCUGAAGCAUGUACCAAUGAAAAUGUGUACUCCCCACGCUGCAGCUCUCCCAGUCCUGUCACCAUGUUCCUGGAUUCAGAGGAUGACGUAGAGCCAUCACCACCAUACUAUGAUGGCACUCUCUCCUCUCACAGUGGGGGCUACAACCUGCCUGACUUAGAUUCUAGUGACAUCUCUGUCAUAUCAGAUAUCAGAGACUUUGAAAACAAACUUAACAACAAGGUACCCCCUCAAGUGAGAGUAAAACCAGGUGUCACUUUUGACUUCAGGAAAGUGAGCAGAAACCCAUAUAUUGAUACGUUAGGUCACCGCCGCUCCCUGCCCUCUGCUGUUACCUGGGUUCCUGGUGGGGAUGUGGGUUAUGACCCCUCAGACUAUGCUGAACCCAUUGAUGCAGUUUCAAAACCUCGCCCAAGCAACGAAGAGAUCAUUUACUCAGUUCCACAUGACAGCACACAGGGCAAAAUUAUCACCAUCCGCAACUCCAACAGGAUGCACUCCAAUGGAAACGGCUCAGACAGUGAAGCAGACAGCAGCUCUCUGGAAAGAAGGAGGAAGUUCUCCGCUGCAGGAGUGAAGCCUCGUCUGUACCGCGACCGCUCCAAGAGGCUUGGCAAAUUCAGCAGCUUCCGCACAAGCUUCAUAGGCAGUGAUGAUGAAAUGGGCGCUCUUCAGAAGUCCAAGGAAGAUGACUACGGGACACUGAAAGGUGAAAGUCUCGUCAACGAGGAGAGUGAAGACCCAAAAAAGAGGAACAUCCUGAAGAGCCUGCGACGAACAGCCAAGGUGUGUUUAUGUCCAAGGUUUUCUGUUUAUGUUGUUGAAAAAGUUUCAUUUUCUUUUGCCUGUCCAUUGACUAACACAGAAAGUUUUGUCGAGUGUGAAUUUGGGAUGGUGUUAUUUAACUAAGGGUUUGAUUGUGAAAACAUUUUUGGGGAGAUCUAGAUUUUAUACUGUAUGUGAGGAUUUGUCUCGAUGGGCUACAUUUGUCAGAAUCACAUGUGUGCCAUAGUAAAACUAUCCUUUGAUGAGACACACUGAAGUCUCCCUUCUGUCUUUCUUCUCAGAAAACAAGACCAAAGCCCCGCCCAGCUAUUCCCAAGCCCAUGGAAAGCAAUUACUUUGGAGUCCCCCUUGUGAACGUGGUAUCUCCAGAUAGACCUAUCCCACUCUUCAUUGAGAAGUGUGUCCGCUUCAUUGAGACUACAGGUCUGUUGAUUUGAUUGGACUCUUUCACUUUAAAACGUUUCAUGUUGUGCCACUGUACAUGUCAUCCAUGCAAGUCUGGUCAAAUCAUUGACAGCAGUCAUUUAUCAGUAGUCAUUACACAGAAUAGGUAAAAACCUGUAAUAGAAUAAACCAUGUUGAGUCAUGUUAUUAUAUUUCCUAAAUGUAAUAUUCAAGUAAUUCAAGGGUUGAUUCACUUAUGUAGUCUAAGAGUGUCAGCAUGCGUAUUGUCGUGCCAGUUUGCAAUGUAGCUAAUGAAGUGUUUGUGCUUUGCUUGUUUCCAAAUGUACCCCCCACGUCUUUCCCUUUUCUCUGCUAUGCGCUAUUUUCCCUCAGGCCUGAAUACAGAGGGGUUGUACCGUGUGAGCGGCAACAAGUCAGAGAUGGAAAGCAUGCAGAGGCAGUUUGAACAGGGUGAGUUGCCAAUCAGACUUGUUUGAACCAAAUGUUUGUCGUACAAUUAUGUGGUUGUCUAAUCAAAACAUAAACAGAGAUUUACAAAAGGAAAGUGACAUGCGAGGGAUUGUUCCCUCUCAAUGACAGCUGCUACUGAUGGGUGUUUUCUCUCUGAUCUGUUUAACUGUUUUUCUCCCUGUGCAGACCACGGAUUAGACUUAGUGGAGAAAGACUUCUCCAUAAACACUGUGGCUGGAGGCCUCAAAAGCUUCUUCUCUGAGCUGCCUGAGCCCCUGGUGCCUUGUGCUCUGCAGGUGGACCUAUUGGAUGCUUUCAGUAAGCAAACACUGCUGGGCUGGGAGGGUCUCUAGUAGAACAUAAAAAGAUUAUUUCUUUAGGAGGGAAGAGGGCAGGGCAGGUCGUUGAAAACCUGCUCAGUUUUAGAUAUUUACUGUUUCACGGGCUGCGUGUGAUAAUGGCUCAGUUCUAAUAAAGGCUUCUCUCUGUGUAUGCAGAAAUCAAUGACAGAGAACAGAGGCUAUACACCAUGAAGGAUGUCCUAAGGAGGUUCCCGAGGGAGAAUUAUGAUGUCUUCAAAUAUGUAGUGAGCCACUUACACAAGUAAGUCCCCUGUCUGCUGUUUGGAUCCCUUUCAUGGAUUUGUUGGUCUUUUACAGUAGACACCCAUCUGCUUUUCUGCACUUGAUGAUGAGAAUGAAUAAUUAGUGUCUAUUUGUGUGUGUUUUUCUCAGGGUGAGCCAGCUGAACAGGGUGAACUUGAUGACCAGUGAAAACUUGUCCAUCUGCUUCUGGCCCACUCUCAUGAGGCCAGACUUCACCACUAUGGACGCUCUAACUGCCACACGCACCUACCAGACAAUCAUCGAGACCUUCAUCCACCAGUGUGCAUUCUUCUUCUACAACCAGCCCCUCCUCGACUCCCCCACCGGCCUGGCGGGCCUCCCCGCCUCGCCCACCACCACCCUCAGCGGGAGCUCUGCCUACUCUUGUUACCGCUCCUCCCCUCCCCACACCACCACACACUUCAGCCCCCUGCAGCAGUCCCCGCCCACCACCCCCCAGUCCCCCCUGCAGUCCCUGCUUCCUCCCCUCCACCAGCACCCCCACUCCCACCAUUCCCCUGCUGAACAAGAGACACUGUGAGAGAUGGUGAAACCACGUGUGCCCAUGAUGAUGCUGGACCUUAUCACCAACACACACAAAAACACCCACACACACUCACACACCUACACACACACAUACACACAUAAAGUAAAUUGUGCUCUUGCACACAACAUUUUAGAUCAUGGACAACCUAGAUUAUAAAACGAGGAGAUGGGAAGUGUCUUGAGAAACCUCCCUAAUCUGCCAUUUGUAUCCAUGUUUGUGUGCAUCAGGGCAGGCUACAGUUAUCAGUGACUCUUCCUCUGCCCUCUGAGCCCCUGGUUGCCUGGAAUCUGACUUGAGUUCAGAAGUUGAGGACAGAGGAUGCCGUCACAGCAAGCCUUGUCUCUGUCAAAAAACCACCAGUUAUGCUACACUACCAAGAAAAAGAAACCUCGAUGCCAAGCUGGAAGAAAUGAUUUGUGGCCACCAUGUUUUAUCUGUGUAAAACUGUUUUUAGUUUUUUUUUUCCUCAUGAAAGUACUGCCACUGGAUUUUUAAACUGUUUAUUUGUAGGUCCUUGGGCAGUAGGUUGGUCUGUCUGCCUAUGGGGUUUCUCUCGUCGGCUCUACUUGAGGGGUCAGCACGGAGAGGGAGGGAAGGGAAGACGGGCGGGGGGCGGGGUUACACAUCCAGGGAUGCACUUUAAUGAUCACUGUUGUUUUGCCCUCAGAGGGGUUGUUUUUGUUGACAUACUGUUUUUUUGUGCGUUUUUAAUUUCACAGCUCAAACAGCCAUACCCAUUGCCUCUAUAGAGCUCUGGCAGAUCAAACUUUGUUUACAUCAAACCUUUUUUUUUGUAUCCACAAACUUAUCUGAAGCACUUUUUGAUAGUGUAGUGUUAAAAUAGAAGAAAUGCCACAUUGAUUAAUUGUUCAUAAUGUUUGUUUAGUGGUUGAGUGUGGCAUCAGUGCAGGCUUGUGAAACAAGAUCCUUUUGUAAAAACUUGUGUUGUUGAAGUUGAUCCAGAAGUCCCAUAUUGCGUUGAUGGGAAAUCUGGAUCUUCUGACAUUCCUCAUUCAUCCAGCCAUGUGAAAAAUAGUUUCUUUUAGAGUUUGUCCUCUUUCUAGCUGUUGGUUGAUCAGAGUGGAUGUUUAGGGAAAGUUUGGCUUAUUUAGACCAUUAUAAUAUCAGUGGACUUUGCCUGCCACCAGUCAAGUGAAGGAGAAAUUUUGAAUGUGUUACCUUGUCAUAACAUAACAACUCUACUGUACAUUGCCAUCUGGUGUCCAUGGAAACCAAAUGCUUGAAACAUGAUAGGUUGCUGGAUGUGUUGCUGUGGCUAUCUAUCAAACCAAGUUCUUUGUAUUCAUCUAAUAUUAAGGACCUUUAACUCAGAAGGUUUAGUAUUCUCAAACGCACUGUUACUGCUAGUCCUGCUAUACAAUACAAAGACCAGUAGAAGUUUAAAUGUUUGUAAAUGGGACACAUUCAGGAAGCACCUACAGCUGUUUAUCUGCUCUAGUGAAUUAGUUUUUGUGCUGGCUCAUCAUCCUCCCUUUUCAUGGAAAACAAGCUGCACAGUAGUAGCACUGCUGAUGAAGACCUGAUCAUUUCAAACAUUAAACCUGAGAAGAGGCACUGUCUUUUUAAUGGGAAGAAGUUAAUAGUGACAACCGGACACACAGGCUGUGGUUGUUUGUGGCUCUGUUACAAUUCUUGGGUGCAACUAAAGAUGGGACUAGUUGGAUGGUUUGUUGAAGUAGUAAAUGGGAUCAUCAAUUUACAGGUACUUUUUGAAUGACAAUGCUGUUGUCAGUCAUUUUAUGUGUUCUUAGGAGUAAACUGGGGAUUUACCUCAACAAGCUCACAGUUGUAGGCUGUAACAUUAAGACUGACUCAGAACCAAGCAAGCAACUGUCUCACUAUAUCACGAUUCCUGGGAGAUUAUAAUCUUACUGCAUCACUUGACUUCUGACGCAACCCUGGCAAACCUGCUGUUCAAUGAGCAAAAAGUGAGUGCAUACUACUCUAUAAUGGUUGUUUAUUUGUAUGUUGGGGAACACCACCCUUUAGUCAAUGGUAGAAAACAUUUCUAGUGUGUAUUUCAAUGAUUGAAAGUCCAUUUUUACAAUUUUUGUGAAUGGUUCAAGGCCACUUAAGUUUAGUGCAUGAUUUAAAAAAACACAGAGGGAGAUGGAUGAAAGCCUCUUCCUGUUUUAAAACAUGAAAUUAGUUCAAGAAAACAAAACAAUUACUAAAGUAAAAUAGCCGAAACGUGAAAGUUUAUGUACUGUGCACCAAGAGCAAACCAUAAAAUUUGUCAGACUGAGAAAAGUGUUUGAAGAUGAAGGCCUUAUGUGAACUGUAUAAUAGUUAAUAAAUUAAAUCUUGUAAAAUUCUCCUCAGCUUUCUUGUGUUGGUGUGUUUUUGUCUUAAAAAUGCUGUCUUU